CCAAGGCCCCCAGUCUACGACGAUGGCCCCACGGGCCCCGAUGCUGAGGACGCUGUUGAUGAGACGCCCGACGUGGACCCGGAGCUGCUGAGGUACUUGCUGGGACGGAUCCUGGCGGGAAGCACGGACCAGGAGACCGUAGCCGCCCCGCGCCGCCUCCGCCGCGCCACAGAUCAGGAUCUGAGUCCUGAGGUGCCCCCUGAGGGCGUGCUAGGGGCGCUGCUGCGUGUGAAACGCUUGGAGACGCCCGCGUCCCAGGCUCCGGGGCGCCGCCUUUUGCCGCCCUGAGCAGUGCCCGGAUCCAGUACGCCCUAGGACCGCCCUCCCCCCUCUCCUUUCCCUCUGAUCUCGGGACUGCUCCCCACCAGCACGUUGAGAGCAGCUAACCCCAGCCAGCCCUUUGGCUACCUCCAUCCCUGAUUCCGACCCCCUGGCUCCACAAUAAACUCGCUCUGAAGCA